UUAAAUUCCACACAGGCGAUCGGCGGGCCUUUCGGCGCGUUGGCGGGCGGGCGCGUGGCGAACGCGAGGGGAAGACGGUCCGCGCUGCUGUUGGACGCGCUCCUCUUCCUCGCCGGCGGGUCCCUGUUCGCCCUGGCGCCGUCGAUGGCGGCUUUGGUGCUCGCGCGCUUCGUCGUGGGCGUCGCGUCGGGAUUAGCGUCCGUGCUCGUGCCCGUCUACCUCGGCGAGCUCGCGCCGCCGGUAUUACGGGGCACCUUCGGCACGUGUACGCAGUUCGCCAUGGUCAUCGGCAUCCUAGCCGCGGACUGCGGCGCGUUCGUGGACGUGUCGUGGCGGUUCGCGUUCGGCGCGACGCCGGCGCUCGCGCUGCUGCAGCUGCUCUGCGCGCCCUACCUGCUGGAGUCGCCCAAGUGGCUGCUGGACCGCGACGCGGGGUCCGCGGCGGCGCGGUCCGCGCUGCGGCGGUUGUACGGGUUCCGCGACGCGGAGGCGCUCGAGCAAGAAGUCAUCCACAUCAUCGGCGACGGCGGCGGCGCGGCGAAGCGCCACGUGUCCGUCGGCGCGCUGCUCGCGGACCCGUCCCAGCGGCCCUUGCUGCUGAGCUGCGUCGCGUUGCACGUCGCGCAGCAGCUCUGCGGCAUCAACGCGGUCUUCUACUACUCGACCAUGUUCUUCGAGGGCGUGUUGGCGGACCCGGCGUUGGGGUCCGCGCUCGUCGCGGGCGUCAACGUCGUGGCGACCUACGUCGCCAUCGUGCUCAUGGACCGGCGCGGCCGCCGGGAGCUGCUGAUGUGGUCCGCGGGCGGCAUGGGCGCGUCGACGCUCGUGCUGACGGCGGCGCUGCUCGGCCUCGUGCCGACGGCGGCGUCGCUGGCCGCGGUCUGCGCCUUCGUGUCCUUCUUCGAGAUCGGCCUCGGGCCCAUCCCCUGGCUCAUCGUCGCGGAGAUGUUCGACGGGCCGGCGCUCGACGCGGCGCAGUCCGCCGCGUGCCAGGUGAACUGGGCCUGCAACUUCCUCGUGGGCCUCGGCUUCCCGGCGAUCAACGCGGCGCUGGGCUGUGCGCUGGGGCCCGCGUGCUUCCUGCCCUUUGGCGCCGUGCUCGCCGCGGCGUUCGCGUUCGUGAGAGCCGCGCUCCCGGAGACGAGAGGGCUGACGGUCAAGGACAUCCAGGCCAAGCUCGCGUCCAAGGCGGUCGUGGUCGGCCUCCCGCGGCCGGGCUACGCGCCCGUCGACGGGCGGGGGGUCGUGUAA